AGAUGGAGAGAGAGAGAGAGGGAGGAGAGAGAGAUGCGAUAACAGCGUUUUGUCCUGUUCAUAUUCUACUCUGUCCUGUCACUGAACACCGGCAGACUCACAUCGCAGGGAAGAAACUCCACAAAGGGCGAUCAAGCCUCCAUGGGAAACUGAGUGAAGAGGUUUUUUAUCAGAAGAAGAAGAUACUGUGCGAGGAAAAAAAACUAGGGGCUGUGUGACUGACACCUGUUCUCCAGAACUGGUGAAGGACGGGUGACGGAGGAGUAAAGACAGGGCGUACAAGGAGAGAGGUGCAGAAGGAAGAAUGAAGACAACCAGAAAACAGGCAUACCUUUUUAUUAACUGCCACUUAAAUUAAUAAAGCACAAUUUGCGAUCGCUCAACAUGCCUGACCGAAGACUACUGCUACUGGUGUCCCUCUGCCUAUGGGAAGGGCUUGUGAGGUCAGAGUCAGUCACAAAGGUUGUGAGAAGGAGAGGACUCAAUCCAGUUCAUUCACAGUUGCACGGUGUGACCAAUCAGUGGGACCAACCAAGUUUGGAGAAAAAUGGAUUGCCACUGGUUAGGCUAAAAGAACUGAUCAGUGCUGACAAAGUGGAUGAGAAGUUUGUAGGUCACUCCAAAGCUGAGGAGACCAAUGAAGCUCUAUCGGUCUUGAACCAGCAAGAACUGCACGACUUUAAUGCUAAAUAUCCUCAGCAGGAGAAUGAGGACUCAAAUAAAAUGGACUCAAGGGUACUAAAAGCAGUUGAUACCAGUACCAGGGAUCUGCCUGAGAGCAGAAAGAUUAAGAAUAACACUAAAAAUACUGAAAUCCUGAAACAUGGAAGAGUUGAUAAGGGAAUUCCAGUUCGCCACAAAAUAGACUCUAGUUUGCACUUCAACAGAACCAGAUACAAAUCACAGCCGAGAUUUAGAGCGAGGCCAGGCCCUGGGCUUCUUAAUAACGCCAUAGGUCCAAAGGGAGUGAUAUUGGAUUCCCCUCAUAAAUUAAACCUGACAGGAAACUUUGGAGUUUUAAAGCUUAUUUCUAAGGACAACCUUGUGAGGAUUGUAAAUUCCCAACUCCAGAAUGGCCUGACCUUCCAGACUAAGAUUAGUCACAGUAGGAAGCGAGACUUGAUCGAUAUGGAUCAAGUGGACGAACCUAAAAUUAAGAGACAAGACAGUUUUGUAACUCCAGAUGUAUAUGAAAUGGAUAAUCAUAACAAGACUUCGGGAUUGUCUGUUGAGCCACAGUCAAGCACCAUUACGAAUCCUAAUGUCAGUCCAGUUCAUAUUUUUAGGAGGCCAGUUAGUGAUCUUAAUCCAAGCUCAAAAGAUGAAGAGAAGACAGAAGCUGAGUCUUUAUCUGCUGUGAAGAGCAAACAGCACUUAACCCAUGUGGAAUCAACACCCCAGAGUGAACUCAUGGCCGCUAUAGAGGCCAUUGGUUACCAGAGUCAUACCAAUAUCUCUGUGAUUGUGCAUGAAGGAACAUUACAUACGCCUUCCCAGGCAGUCUCAGAUAAGAGUUACUUCCUCGACUCACAAACUGAGAGAACUCUUAAUGCCAAAGAGCAAUCAGGUCAAAACCUGUUUGCUCCAGAUACGGAAUUGAAUGUCACUCAGGAACCGAUAAGUAAAGCUUCGGAUUUUGUCGAAGACAAAAUUCACAUACUGAAACUGCGCCCAAAUUCGGAUGGUGAAGACAUGGACAAGGAGGAGGUUUGGGAGCCUUCGGUCACCUCGCCUCUGCAUGGUGGCCAUGGCCUCGUAUUCCAGGAGAUGGAGGAUGACGGAGGUAAAGGGGGGUGGAGUCCAAAGGAAAGCGAUGGGUCUCGAUCACGAAGCAGACGGAGUUGGAUCUGGAACCAGUUUUUCGUUAUCGAGGAAUACGCUGGUCCUGAACCUGUUCUCAUUGGAAGGCUUCACACUGACAUGGACAGAGGUGAUGGACGCACCAAGUACGUGCUCCGGGGCGAAGGGGCAGGGUCUGUGUUUGUGAUUGAUGAAAAGACAGGCAACAUCCAUGUGACGAAGCCCUUGGACAGGGAGGAGAAGGACGAGUACCGGCUUAUCGCUACGGCAACAGACAGCCAGACAGAGCGUGCCCUGGAGCCUUCUUCCCAGUUCAUCAUCAGGGUGCAGGACAUCAACGAUAACCCGCCUGUAUUCGAGGACGGACCGUACAGCACCACCGUCUCUGAGAUGGCCAACAUAGGCACCUCUAUUGUUCAGGUGACAGCGACCGAUGCUGAUGACCCUACCUAUGGGAACAGUGCUCGUCUGGUCUACACACUGGUACAAGGCCAGCCUCAUUUCUCUGUGGACCCACAGACAGGUAUCUUGCGCACAGCAGUCCCUGAUUUGGACAGAGAAGCUCAGGAUCAGUACCUCGUAGUACUCCAGGCUAAAGACAUGGGUGGACAUCUUGGCGGACUUUCUGGAACCACCACGAUAACCGUGAAACUGACGGACGUCAACGAUAAUCCGCCCCAUUUUACCCAGAGUUCCUGGUUGUUCUCUGUGUCAGAGUUGGCGGCUCCAGGGGCAGAGGUAGGCCGGAUCUCAGCAACAGAUGCCGAUCUGGGAGAAAAUGCCAGGCUGGAAUAUACCAUCCUCGAGGGGGAGUCAGGAGACACCUUUAGCAUUACUGGAGUAAACCAGGAGGCCAUAAUCACCCUCACUAAGGCUGUUGACUAUGAGAGUCGGAGCUCAUAUUCCUUCUCUGUUGAGGUGAUGAACCCAACCGUUGACCCACGUUUCCUGCGCCGUGGCCCCUUCAAGGACCGUGCCUCCAUCCGAGUGGCUGUAUUGGAUGCAGAUGAACCUCCACGUUUCUCCCGGGCCCGGUAUCACAUGGAGGUGUCGGAGAACUGUGCUCCGGCAUGCACCGUUGGACGGAUUAGUGCCGUGGACCCAGACACAGGACUCAGCAGCAACAUCAGGUACUCCAUUGAUCCUCAGUCAGAUCCGGAGGCUUUGUUCCGCAUCACCCCAGAUACCGGGCUUAUCACCACGACGACAGAGCUGGACCGCGAGCAAGAGCAGUGGCACAAUAUCACCAUCAUCGCCACACAAAGAGAUAACCCCAGCCAAGUGUCCAGAGUGCUGGUUGCUAUAGAGACAUUAGACCUGAACGACAAUGCUCCAGAGCUGGACAGACAGUACACAACAGCCAUGUGUGACUCCACCUCUGUCGGACAGGUGGUGCAAGUGUUGAGAGCAAUUGAUAGAGACGAGGGAGGGAACGACAGCACGGUCUACUUCAACAUCCCUCCUGAGUCCAGUGCUGCACUCAACUUCAGCAUUCGAGAGAGUGGAGGUCCCACUGCAAGCCUGGUUCUAGUCUCUCCUUUGCAGACUCACUCCCGCUCUUCGACAACCUCUUUGACGCUCCAUGUUCCUCUGGUCCUCAGGGAUGUAUCAUCGGGUCUGACUAGCACGGCGACAGUCACUGUGUCAGUGUGUCCCUGUCUGAGAGGAGGUGCACGAGCCAGUGAGAAGGAGAAGCAGAGUGAUGCGGAGUGGGAAAGGGAAACUGUAUGUUUACCCCAGCACUCCUCUUUACCUUCUCCAGGUCUCAGCACAGCGGCCCUUCUGGCGAUUUUAGCAUGCGGGGCGACACUUUUGGCUGUCACUGCUCUGUCUCUGUCCCUGCGCAGACAAAAAAGGGACUCACUUUCUCCUCUAGAGGAAGAUGACGUAAGGGAGAACAUCAUCACGUAUGAUGACGAGGGAGGCGGUGAAGCCGACACGGCUGCGUUUGACAUCACGGCACUCCAGAGCGCCCCGCACGGUGCACGGAGGGGAUACCGAACCCUUGACAGUCGGAACAUACGCCUCUCUCAGCGUGGCCAGGAUAAAUCACGAACAUACAACAGCUGGGCCCAAUCAGGAGCGAUGGACAGUGGGCAGUACCCUAGCCAGACUCCUCUAUAUGGCCGUUUGUGUUACAGCAGCCAGACACUACCUGUGCUACGGCGGUCACAGGGUCCAUACGACCCUGGCCUAACCGAAUUGGGAUACCGCUUUUCUGGUGGCCAGCCAGAUCACUCUCUUGUAAUCCAUAACCAAGGUGCAAUGGUGGGGCCCCUAGAACCGGGAUCUUUGUACAUGGGGCCUAGUGAGAUGGGGAAUAAAGAAGGAACUACGGCCCAGGAUGGAGCCACUGCAUCUGAAGAAGGAACGCCGCAUAAAAAUGAUACCAAGGAAGAUUUGGGUAGUGAUGCCCAGCCGAGCCAGGAUCUGAAUUGGGUGCAGUCAGAUUCUGUGCCACGGGAACUGGUGCUGACUCGAUCUGGCUCACUGGCCAGGCCUGGGGUUUCAGGUGGCUGGUUGUGUGAUUCAGCCACACUGCCCAUGGCAGGGCGACGCUCCUCACGUGCUGGGCUCUCACCAAAAAAGAGUACAGCUGGCUCCACAGAUGGCACAGAUGGCACAAACAAUGCCAUGCAAUCUGUCAGCCGCAAUUACUCCACUGUCCUGCAGGGGGAGCAGCAGAAGGACUACACUGCCAGCUUGAGCCGAGGUGGAUUGGAGAUGGGAAGUAGUUUUGUGGUAGCAAGGCCAGAAGGUGGGAUUCCACUGUGUGUCCCGGAGAGCACAGGGUUUGUGGCAGACUGGCAGGAAAGGGUGGGGGCUUACAAUCUGGGAAGGAGGGAUAUGAUGCCCCAGCUGCUACCCUACCCUGGGCAGGGUCGAGGGGCAUUUGGAGGGAUCCUGGGAUAUGGAGGAGCUUGGCCAUCAGUGCCUGAAGCAGCAGGAAGGGGCAUGCAAGGAGGUGGUGGCCAGUCUCUGACCUUGAGAGUUGGAGAGUUUCUGCGGUUACGUCUGGCACAGGUGACCUUCGAUCCGACACAGCCACCGUAUGACUCGGUUCAAGUGUAUGGCCUUGAAGGCACAGGGUCACGGGCUGGCUCGCUAAGCUCCCUGGAGAGUGAAGGAGAGAAGGAAGCCAACAAGGAGGAGUGGGGUGGUGGGCUAGAGGAGUGGGGCCCACGUUUCCACAAACUAGCCCAACUCUUUCAAGAAAGGGAGAAAGAGAUAGACGUUGAAAAGGAGAGCGAGUCAGUGACACCCAGAAAACAAAACAUUAAGGAGAAUCAGGAGAAAGAGGAGCAGUCUGGAGAUGAGAGGAAGGACAAAGACUGAGAGUCGGCUUGAGUCAGGGAUGGUGUAAGGGUAUGGGAGGGAUGAGUAAACAGCAACCAGUAUUAGAGUAAUUGCUAAAGAAGGAGAGAGAGAGAGAGAGAGAGAGAGAGAGAGAGAGAGAGAGAGAGAGAGAGAGAGAGAGAGAGGAAAAGUAAUUGGGUCAAACAUUGCGAAACAAACACAAGCUAAAUAGAGAGAGAAAGAGAGAACGCUAUGGUGUGAGUGAUUGAUGCAAUUUAAAGCAAUAUGUGUUAAAAGGCAGAACAGUGAGAGCAGAAGGAGAAACAGGGAAUGUUUUGUUUCUCAGUUUCAGAGUAUUUACCGUUCUCUAAAUGUUGCAGGGAGUGGGGGGAAAUUCCCAUGGUAUCUUUUUUUACUCACAAUUUGAGGGAGAGAGUGAGAGAGAGAGAGAGAGAGAGAGAGAGAGAGAGAGAGAGAGACAUAAAUUAUGCUUUUGGGGCAAGACAAUACCAUCACAAGGGAGUCUGGAAAAAAAUAGCACCAUGACUGAUAAACACAAAGAAAUACAUAAAGGUGAGAGAUAAAGGUUUGUACAGGAAGUUCUGAACUGAAUUUGUCUGCUCAUGGUGUUGGCAAAAUGUUUAUCACGAAAAUCAACCUGCACACGUAUAGACAUUUUUCCUAAAAAACAAACAAAAAAAAAAACCUUUUUUAAAAGUUAAAAAAAAAAAAAAACAAGAAAAUUAAUUUCUUAAUUUCUUUUGAUGCCUUUUCAAUGCAAAACAUCUUGACUUGGAUUUAAGA